AUGCAUAUCCCUAUCCCUAAAUCCUCUGGAUUGGAAGAUAAACUUUUGUGGAAACAUUCUACAUCUGGGGAGUACAGAGUUAACAAAGCUUAUUCUUUGAUCCAACAAGAUGGCCUCUCUGCAAUGGGACAUCACAGAGAUUUACCUCACUGGGUUUGGAAGCUCCUCUGGAAAAUUGAUCUUCCUUAUAAAAUUUUGUCUUUUAUAUGCAAAAUCCUUCAUAGGACUCUACCUAUGUUUGAGAUUCUAAAUAAGAGAGGCGUUAGAAACACUAACCUGUGUACUUUGUGUAAUGAAGAGGAAGAAUCUAUAGAUCAUCUGUUCUUGCAUUCCCCUUUUGCAAGGGCUGUCUGGCAUGGCUCUAAUCUGGAAGUUAGAACUUCAGAGUUAGUCCAUAGUUCAGUGGAUUACUGGCUUUCUGCUUCCAUCAUGCACAACAUUAACAGGGGGCAAGACAGAAUGUUUUUCCUUCAAUCUCUUUGCACCAUCCUUUGGAUGAUAUGGAACCAUAGACACAAGGUUCUCCAUCAAGGUAAGCUCCCAAAUCCUAUGGAGGUUAUUCUAACAGCUCAGUCCCUUGUAUGCAGGUAUCAGGAAGCUUUCCAGAACAAGCAAUCUCAGCACCCCAGGCCAAAUCAUUCCCCUCGGAUGUUUAUUAGCCCAGGAUGGCAGGUCAUAAUCAAGGGAGCAGCUUGGAGGAAUAGGAAAACUAAAAGAAGUGGAUGGGCUUAUGAAGUUAAAGCUACGGAUGGUUCUGUUUUACUUAAAGCAGGGGAGAGCAAUGGAAGGAAGUCUGCAUAUCAAUCAACUCAGGAAGCUCUUAUAGAAGCAAUUUGCAAGACUAAGGAGCUAGGAUUCUCAAAGAUGUUGAUUCUAUGCAAUUCCAAGAUGCUGACUCAAGUUUGCAGUAAAAGACGAAGACCAGCUUGGCAUGAGCAGACCUUUAUCUCGGAUUUGGAUCAACUGAACCUUCAGGGCGUUUCUGUGUCUUUCCUUUUUGUUCCAAAGGAAAUUAUUGCAGAUGUUUUGUAUAUGGCCCAUAUCACAACUGUAUUCCCAGUCCACUUUUGUAGGUUUGGCCUGACUUAA